AUGGCUGGUUUUCUGCAUAAAUUCGUGAAGAAACCUUCGGCACUGAGAAUCAUCUCAAGCUUCAACAGCUCUCAACCAUCAAGCCUGGCGGCUCCUUUUGUGCUUGAUCAAACCGAUCAUCGUGAAAGCAAACCUGAGUAUCUCUGUAAUUCACACCCUAUAUUGGCAUCUAUACGAGGAGAGAAACCAACCAAUGCGCAGCCCUCCUGGAUCUACCCUAGUUUCCCGUUCGGGUAUUGCUUAAGUCAUGUUUCACCGACAGUAUUCGAUACUGUGGUCUCUGAGGAUGCAGAGGACGUCGUGCCUGGUAACGAUCAUUCUGUUUGGGCUGAUAGUGUCAAGAAGAAGAGGAAGAGGAAGAUGAACAAGCACAAAUACAAGAAGUUAAGGAAGCGUUUGCGUCGAAAGACCUAG